CGAUUGCCCAUGUCGACGACGGAAACCAAAGAAUUUCGGUCCAAAGCUCAUCUCCCAUCUCGCAUCUCGGGACUCCGUUGCUCUGAUCGAGCUGAUCGAUUGAUCUAGUCGUCUCGACCCGGGGAAGGUCCUAGAUCGAGAUUGGGGUAUAUAAGCUCGACAAGAGCUGGAGAUCGGGAACCUCCUUCAAGCGUGGAUAACCUCGGGACAUCCAUUUAUACACCUUGUACCAGACGUUCGGACGACAUCAGCUCUACCUCGUAAACAUGUCGUGCCGCCAACCUCUCGACCUCGACGCUCAUUCGAGCCUUCCCGAGAAAUCGGCUCAGACAUCGACCAUGACCAAGGAGGAAGAACGAUCCCUCGACUUGCAACAUACAUCAGGGGGCGACGAGGCGACGACUACCACGCCUGAGAACGCUUCGAUGCCUGUCAGGCCAGAGAGUCAACUUCUCAAGGGUCUCGGAUGGCUGGAUAGGUUCUUGGCCCCGCUGGUCCUGUUGGCCAUGAUAUUGGGCGUGGUUAUCGGCAAAUUCGCGGACAACGUAGAAAGCGUGUUGACGAGUGCGACGUUGGAAGGUGUCUCUGUCCCCAUCGUCGUCGGACUGCUCGUGAUGAUGUGGCCGAUCUUGACUAAAGUACAAUACGAGCGAUUACCGGCCUUGUUCCGGACGAUACAUAUCUGGAGACAGGUCAUCCUGUCCCUCAUCUUGAACUGGAUUAUCGGUCCCUUCGUCAUGCUCGGCAUCGCCUGGGCCACGCUACCCGACCUCCCCACCUACAGAACAGGCGUGAUCAUGGUCGGCCUCGCGCGCUGCAUCGCCAUGGUCAUGAUUUGGAACCAGCUCGCCAACGGUGACGUCGAUUACUGCGCCGUCCUGGUCAUCAUCAAUUCUCUCCUCCAGAUUGUCCUCUACUCGCCCAUGUCCUUGUUGUUCGUCAACGUCAUCUCCGGAGAAGAGGAUCUGGAGCUGGAUUAUUCGCAUACGGCGAUAGCAGUCUGCAUCUAUUUGGGCAUACCGCUUGCUGCCGGGGUGGUUACUAGGUUCUUGGGGAUAUGGGCGAUGGGGAAGCACAGGUUCGAGACCAAGUUCUUGCCCUACUUUGGACCUCUGGCUUUGCUGGGGUUGCUCUACACCAUCAUCCUCAUCUUCGCCCAACAGGCCAACCGGAUUCUGGACAACAUCGGCUCGGUCUUCCGGGUCUUUGUGCCUAUGUGCCUCUACUUCAUCAUCAUGUGGGCAGGGACAUUUUUCUUGGUCUACUACUUGACUUCCCGGAAAGAAGGUUCGAAAAAGUAUGGAUACAAGAUGGCCGUUGUGCAAUCAUUCACGGCGGGAUCUAACAACUUCGAACUCGCCAUCGCCGUUUGCAUCGCCGUCUACGGGAUCGACUCGGACCAAGCGCUAGCAGCGACUAUCGGCCCGUUGGUCGAAGUGCCCGUCCUGCUCGCCCUAAGCUACGUGGCGCUGGUCUUCGAGAAGCGCCUCAACUGGGGCGAACGACUGGAAAAGGAUGAUCUCCAGGGGCUACGGGAGGCUUAGAUGGGGUUCCUUUGUCAGCAUUGUAUAAGAUAGAGGUUGGGAAACUGUAGCCUAUAUAUCCAUCAUACCCGUCAGCACAAACGCCUUGCUCGUGUUUCCCGCAUAUGCCAAGGUUGACUGAUAUCAACAGCGUGAAGUCAGAAAUGCUAUGGUCGAGCUUUA